AUGAUAGAAUCAUCAGACAAAUCACCUAAGCCACUGGCUAUCGUUGGGUUAUCUUUUCGUCUUCCUCAGGAUGCAGUGAGCCCAAAGGAAUUCUGGGAAAUGAUAAUAGCACGCCGUUGCACCACUAUGGAGUUCCCCCCAGACCGAUUAAACAUCGAUGCACAUUACCAUCCAGAGGGUGACCGACUGGACAGUCUGUCAAUUCGUGGGGGAAAUUUUUUGAAAGAUGAUCUGGGUCACUUUGAUGCCCCUUUUUUCUCCAUAACUGCCACCGAAGCUGAGGCCAUGGAGCCUCCGCAGCGGCUGCUCCUCGAAACAGCCUUUCACGCGCUGGAAAAUGCUGGAAUCCCGUUGACACAAAUCGCCAAAUCUAAGACUGCAGUUUUUGCAGGGUCUUCUGGUAAUGACUGGGUGGCUUUACAAGUCAAGGAUUCUCUGAACCAGCACAAGUACAGCAUCACGGGGCAAACAUCGAACAUGCUGGCAAAUCGCGUCAGUUGGUUUUUUGACCUUAAAGGUCCCAGCGUAACCGUCGACACAGCUUGCUCAAGUAGUCUGCUUGCGGUCGAUCUGACGUGUCAAUCCAUCUGGAGUGGCCAGUCUACUAUGGGACUCGCGAUGGGUAGCAACCUUCUAUUGGCCAUAGAGCCAACAUUGAUGAUGAACAAUCUCGGUCUCCUGUCUAAGGACAGCCGGUGCUACAGUUUUGAUGAGCGCAGUAAUGGCUAUUCGCGGGGUGAAGGUGUAGGUGUGCUAGUGAUUAAGCUGCUGGAGGAUGCAAUUCGUGAUGGCGACACGAUUCGAUCUGUUAUCAGAGCUGCAUCAUCUAAUCAGGACGGAAAAACCCCAGGCAUCACGCAGCCGAGCUCGGAGAUGCAAGCAACAUUGAUCCGAGACACUUAUCAUCAAACUGGUCUCGAUAUGGGGAUGACGCGGUAUUUUGAAGCGCACGGAACUGGAACUGCUGUCGGAGACCCUAUUGAAGCCAGGGCCAUUGGCUCCGUUUUCCGCCUACAUCGUUCGCCGGCCGAACCAUUGUAUGUAGGAUCCAUCAAGUCAAAUAUUGGACAUCUAGAAGGAGCCAGUGGUAUUGCUGCUAUAAUGAAAGUUAUAUUAGCUUUGGAAAAGGGCGUCAUUCCACCAAACAGUGAAAAUUUGCAUGACCUUAAUCCAAGGAUUGAUGAUGAAUUUUGGAACUUGAAUUUCCCCCAAGAGGCUCUACCAUGGCCUACAAAUGGACUUCGAAGAGCCUCUAUCAGCUCUUUUGGAUACGGAGGCUCCAACACACACAUUGUCUUGGAUGAUGCAUUCAAUUUCCUUCGACUUCAUCAGCUGAAUGGAAAUCACAACACAAUCCCGACAGUUUCCUCAGCUCGUAACGGACAGACAACUCAGAAUAUUACAGUUCAUCCAGAAACAAAUAUUAGAAAGGACGUGGCCGAUAUUGACGCGCCUAAACUUCUUGUCUGGUCAGCAGCAGAUGAAGCAGGCAUCCCCCGCAUACAGAAUGUCUGGGGCUCAUUCCUGUCGACCAAACCCAUUCACAAUACAACAUCAUUUAUUCAAGAUCUAGCGCAUACUCUGAGUACUAGACGGACACAUCUACCGUGGAAAUCUUUUGUUAUCGCGCGGCCAUCAGACGACUUGGCAUCACUAGUGAAACGGUUCAGUCCAGCGUGUCACUCGCUUGAAUCACCGAACAUUGCUAUGAUCUUCUCCGGCCAAGGGGCUCAGUGGUAUGCCAUGGGGCGAGAUCUCCUCUACUUAUAUCCCACGUUUAUGCAGGGAGUUGAAGAGGCUGGAAAAUAUCUCUAUACUCUGGGAUGCAAAUGGAACCCGGUAGAUGAGCUCCAGAAACCUGAUGCUGAGACCAAUGUCAAUCGAACUGAGUACAGCCAGAUUUUGUGCACAAUACUGCAAAUAGCUUUGGUGGACCUUCUGCAAUCUUUCAAUAUUGUCCCUGCAGCAGUCCUCGGCCAUUCAUCCGGAGAGGUUGCAGCCGCAUACUGCUCUGGCGCAAUAUCUCGACGUUCAGCUUGGAAGGUAUCCUAUUACAGGGGGAAUAUGAGCAGUCAGCUAGAGAAAUCUGCAGAAAUGAAAGGAUCAAUGCUAGCAGUAGCACUCUCAGAGGAUGAGAUCAUGCCUUACAUAAAUUCAGCUAGUGCCGAGUUUGAGGUCGCUCGACUCACCGUUGGAUGCAUCAAUAGCCCUCAAAGUGUGGCAGUCUCCGGCGAAGGUAUUCAGCUCGAUGCUUUGAAGAUUCUCCUCGACAAAGACAAGAUAUUUUGUCGCAGACUCAAGGUGAAUUUGGCCUACCAUUCAUCCCAGAUGGCAGAGAUUGCGGCCGAUUACCUAACAGCCCUUGGUGAAUUGGAAGGGAGUGGUGCUGCAUACCAUACACGGCCACAGAUGGUUUCUUCGAUUACAGGCGACUGGAUUCAUCCAGACGCACCUUGUCAAGUUUCUCACUGGGUGCGUAAUAUGAUAUCCCCUGUGCGUUUUUCCGACGGACUAGCAACCCUUUGCUCCGCAUCUUCAGAUCCUACAAAAUCUCUAGAUGGCAGUCACCGUAGAAGGCCUAAGAUCAACCAUAUCCUAGAAAUUGGGCCACAUUCCGUCUUGCAGGGGGCGUGUAAGGACAUCUUGAAGGGAAGAAAAUCUAUCAAGUACUUGGCUCUGCUAGUGCGAAAUAUGUCCGCUGUUGAAACUGCUUUCUCUGUGUUUGGUGAUCUAUAUGCAGCCGGGUAUCCGAUUAAUCUCACAUUGCUCAAUAAGCAUUACAACAGCUGCAAGACACUGCCAGAUCUGCCAGAGUAUCCCUUCAAUCACGAUCAGUCUUAUUGGCACGAGAGCAAGAUAAGCAAAAACUACCGUUUACGGAAAGUUGCUCGGAAUGGUUUUCUGGGACUGCCUGAUCCUAACCAGAAUCCCCUGGAAGGAAGGUGGAGAAAUAUCAUUCGGAUAUCUGAAAUGCCAUGGGUCCAGGAUCAUAAGAUUAAUGGAACAAUACUCUACCCAGGGGCUGGUAUGAUAGUCAUGGCUAUUGAGGCAGCCAAACAGACAGCAGAUAAAGUUAGGCCAAUCUCCGGUUUCAAUGUGGAGAACGUGACAUUCCCCGCGGCAAUUCGCAUCUCAUCGAGCUCACAGGGUGUCGAGACCAGUUUUCACCUGCGUCCGGCUCACAGCUUGGAAUCAAAACGCUCAUCAUGGUUCAAUUUCAGGCUUUGUACCCUGGAUGGCGAAACUUGGGUAGAAAAUUGCACAGGCUCCAUCCAGGUUUUGUAUGGUGAUAAGGAAGAGGAGAUUGAUAAAGCACUAGAGUUGGAAGUCCAGGAAUCUCGACAACAUACUUAUACAGCUGCUUUGGCAUCCUGUAAGUCGAGUAUGCGCGGAGAGAUGAUGUAUGAGAUCUUACAGAACAACGGGUAUGGCUACGGUCCAGCGUUCCAGCUGGUUACGGAGCUAUCCCAAGAUAAAGCUGCCGAGUUUUUGACAGCUGUGGUCCGGAACUUCUCGACCUCCUCGGAUGAGACGAUCCAUCCAACAACAUUAGACGCCAUUUUUCAAACUUCUAUAUGGACGACGGUACCCUCAGGCACAAAAAAGAUCUCCACUGCUGUUCCUACUCACAUCGACAGACUGUGGGUGGAUAGCCAGGCGGUCACAUCUCAGAGUUUCAAGAUAUAUGGCUCCUCCAUGGAUACAUCUCAAUUUCUUGGUCCAACCAUCGGUAUCGUGGCACUCGACGAUACGCUACAGAAAACCUUAGUUUCUGUCCAAGGCUUACGCAUGAAUAUCGUCGAUUCGCCAGAUCUAGCAGGAAAUACUCAAAAUUCUCUAGAUAGUCUUUGCCAUGAAAUUGUGUGGAAGCCAGAUCUGAAACUUCUGAGUGAUGUUGAAAUUAUGGAGCUGUGCAAGACGUCAAAUUUUGCCAAUAACGCUGAGCAUGAUAGUUUUUCCAGUGUGUUGGAUUUUUUUAUCACAGUUCGAAUCAAAGAGACACUCUCCAACACAUCAAAAAAGGGGGUUCAAGCUCCCCAGCCACAUCUGAAGAGAUAUUACAACUGGCUGAUUGAUCGUCAGAAGCUGCUUGAAGAGCACUGGAUUGGACUUUCUACUAACGGAUGUGACAACCUCAUAGCCGAUUCUGAUUAUUUCCGUGAAGUCGAGAAACGUGUCUUAGGAACCAAACAAGGCCAUUUAUUUGACUUCAUUACUCAAAAUAUAGUAAAAGUUCUAUCUGGUGAGCUUGACCCUUCAGCCUUAUUCAAGGACGAAGAUAUGCUAAACGCGGCCUACAAUGAUCUUGUUGAUCAAUCUAACGGUCUUCGUGGAUUGGGCAAAUACCUCGAUCUUCUUUCUCAUAGUCAUCCCAGAAUGAAGAUAUUAGAGGUUGGUGGAGGCUUCGGAACAGUGACAAAGGUUCUCAUAAAUGCAUUGAGAGGCGAUGAAAGCGACUGGCGCUUCGAAUGCCUGGACUACACCGAUGUGUCUCCAGAAAAUGUCGCGGAAGCCAAAACAAAACUUUCUCCUGCAACAGAGAGAGUUAGGUUCAAAAUUUUGAAUAUUGAAAAAGAUCCAGAAACACAGGACUUUGAUUGCGGCACAUACGACAUGGUCGUGGCUUCGCUGGUCCCACAUCAGCCGUCUACUCUUCAAACGUCAUUACAAAAUAUACGCAAGCUUCUGAAACCUGGCGGUAAACUUGUUUUGCACGAUGGAGUUGCACUAGAUGGUCGCUCGAGUUUGAUCUUCGGCGUGUUCGAGCAAUGGUGGCAAGGUAAGUCAGACAGUUCGCUCUUACUCUCGGUGAAAGCUAAAUUAGAAUGCGCAGAUCUUGAAUCACGAUGCAAAUCCAGGCGAGAUCGUGAUAAGAGUCAAUUGGAUGAGCUCUUGAGACUCACUGGCUACUCCGGCCUCGAUAUCAAGCUUCCAGAUAUCAGCAUCGAAGUUUUGAAUGAAUGCAGCGUGAUGAUCUGUUCUGCUGUUGAAGAAAAGCAGGAAAUCUUUUUUCCAAGAAUCGAAAUUGUAUAUGAUCCAGCUCACACCGACCAACUUGCGCUGGCAAAUUCCAUUGUCAAACAAUGCGAGCUUCUUGCAUGCUCCCCUACCUAUAUCGUCUCGGUCAAUGAGGCUCUUGAAGGCCAGAAAAAUGACGAAACAAUGCAAGUGUUUAUUCUUGAGCUUCAGCGUUCUGUCUGGUCGGAUGUUCAAAAGGAGCUAUUCGAAACAAUUAAAGCGGUUCUCUCCUCGACACUACAUGGGCUUUGGAUCACCCAAGGAGGAGGUAUUUUUCCAGCCAAGCCACAUUUUCGUCUAGCCGAUGGACUGUUACGCGUUCUGAUGGAGGAAGAUGGUCGUCGCAAGCUUCACCUCCUUUCAAUUGAUCCUACCGAAGGUCUCACUGCAGCACCACAGCAAAUUGCAAAGCUAGUUCGACACAUUACUUCACAAGCAGACAAUAAUGCAGAUACAGAGUAUCUCGAACAGGGCGGCAUUAUCCAUAUUCCUCGAUUAGUUACUCCGAGCUGGCUUAACGAGACUGUGUCUCGAAAAUCCAGCAAACAGCAGGAAAAAAUCCAAAGCUUUAAGUGCCAGGUCCCUCUCCAGCUGGAUGCCACUUCACCAGGGCUAAUAAGCGGGUUCAAAUUCAUCGAGAAACCGGAUGGAGAUCGGCCACUGAAUUCAAAUGAAGUUGAAGUCGAAAUAAAGUGUGCAGGAGUCAAUUUCCGUGAUGUCUUGAUUGCAGUGGGGCAAUUAAAGGCAAGUCAUACUGGAUCUGAGUGCGCAGGCAUUGUCAUCCGAGUCGGUGAUGCCGUAUCUAGAUUCCAGGUUGGCGAUUCAGUUGCCGCACUAGGAGACGGCUGCUUCGCCACCUCAAUACGCAUGCAAGAAAACGGACCUAUUAUAAAGAUUCCUGUUGGUAUGUCUUUUGAGGAGGCAGCAGUCUUGCCCGUCAACUAUGCUACUGCGUACAUUGCUUUACAUAAUAUAGCACGGAUUCAGCCUGGCGAAACCGUCUUAAUUCACUCAGGAACAGGCGGUACUGGCCAAGCGGCAAUCCAAAUUGCGAAAAAUGCUGGAGCAACUAUUUUCGCGACUGUCGGCUCUCAAAAUAAGAAGCAAUUCCUUAUCGAUACCUAUCAAAUCCCCGAAUCACACAUCUUUUCUAGCCGAACAACUUUCUUUACUCAAGCUAUCAAGCAUCGCACAGGCAACAAGGGUGUUGAUAUUCUUCUGAACUCGCUGGCUGGAGAGAGUUUAUUAGCAUCCUGGGAGUGCAUGGCGCCAUAUGGCAGGUUUCUCGAAAUUGGCAAGAGGGACAUACUGUCUAAUCAGGGACUUCCUAUGUUGCAGUUCCUUCGAAAUGUUACCUACAGUGGUGUCGACCUCGCUGCUAUGACAGUAGAGCGACCUGAAGUGUGUGCCGCUGCUCUUAAAAAGAUUUUUGCAUCAGUGCAGGAAGGUAAGCUGCACCCAUCCCAGCCUAUCCAUCAGUAUGGGGUGGGUGAAAUAGAAAAGGCUUUCCGUCUAUUGCAAGGCGGACAGCAUGUGGGUAAAAUGGUGCUUCAAAUGCGUUCAGAGGACGAAGUGACUACUGUGCUGAAAACUAAAACUAAUUACUUCCUGGACCCCGAUUCCACAUUUGUCGUUUGCGGAGGACUAGGUGGAAUAGGGCGCAAUAUUGUUACUUGGCUUGCGGAUCGAGGUGCCCGUCAUCUGCUACUAUUGUCACGUUCAGGGGCACAAGGUGAAAAUAGCCGUUGUCUGAUUGAUCAUCUUAAGGGAAGAGGUGUACAAGUGAUGGCCCCAAAAUGUGACGUGUCAGACCGAGUGCUCUUGCAGAAUUCAUUAAUAGCUUGUAUGUCCCACAUGCCUCCUAUCAAAGGAUGCAUCCAAGCAGCCAUGGUGUUACGGGACGCACUUUUCGAGAAUAUCUCUUAUCAAUCAUGGCAUGAGUCAAUCUCUCCUAAAGUCCAAGGUUCCUGGAACCUCCACAAACUUCUCCCCCUUGGAAUGGACUUUUUCAUCAUGCUAUCAUCCAUCGCUGGACUCAUAGGAACUACUGGACAGGCCAAUUAUGCGGCUGGAAACACCUUUCAAGACGCCUUAGCUUAUCAUCGCGUGGGGCUUGGCGAGAAAGCGACUUCCCUUGAUCUAGGGGUGGUCGAAUUCGCAGGAGCUGUUGCCGAGGAUGCUCAGCUGCGCGAAAAAUUGAUUGCCAAUAUGGGAUUGGAGGCAGUGACUGAGCUUCAACUCCAUGCCAUGUUGGACCAUUACUGUGAUCCUCAAGUCAGUCUGCAUAAUAGCUUAGAUUGCCAAGUCACCGUGGGCCUGUCUCCAAGCGCAACACAGGCGUCGUGGCUAAAGAAACCGAUGUUUUGGCAGCUUAAGAGUCAUGAUAUUGCCAGUGGUAGUAUUGGCACAUCGGAUUCUUUCAAUACAUCUCUUCAACAGGCAGAAUCUCUGGAAAGCGCUACUGCGUUAGUCACCGGGGCUAUUGCAUUAAAGCUUUCGAACACUCUCUCAAUUUCUACGACUGAUAUUGAUGCCAACAAGCCGCUGCAUCAGUACGGAGUAGAUUCACUUGUUGCAGUGGAGCUUCGGAGCUGGUUUUACCGAGAACUUCAAGCCGAAAUGGCCGUGUUUGACAUCUUGGGAGGCUCGACAUUGGCUUCUGUAGCGCAACUGGCCACGAGCAAGAGUAGGUUAUGCAAGGAAUCUUGGCCGAAGGUUAUAUGA